AUGGCGGCAGAAUCGCUGCUGUCCAGGCUGUUGGGGCCGCUGCUCUUGGGGUUCCUGUUCCCCGCAGGCCUCACCGAUGGUGUCGGGAGCCUGAACCUGGAGGAGCUGAGUGAGAUGCGCUAUGGGAUCGAGAUCCUGCCGCUGCCCGUUAUGGGAGGGCAGAGCCAAGCUUCGGACGUGGUGAUUGUUUCCUCUAAGUACAAGCAGCGCUAUGAAUGUCGCCUGCCAGCUGGAGCCAUUCACUUCCAGCGGGAGAGGGAGGAGGAGACGCCUGCUUACCAAGGACCUGGGAUCCCUGAAUUGUUGAGCCCAAUGAAAGAUGCUCCUUGCCUGCUGAAGACCAAGGACUGGUGGACAUAUGAAUUCUGUUAUGGACGCCACAUCCAACAGUACCACAUGGAAGACUCAGAGAUCAAAGGUGAAGUCCUCUAUCUGGGCUACUACCAAUCAGCCUUCGACUGGGAUGACGAAACAGCCAAGGCCUCCAAGCAGCAUCGCCUGAAACGCUACCACAGCCAGACCUACGGCAAUGGGUCCCAGUGCGACCUCAACGGGAGGCCCCGGGAGGCUGAAGUUCGGUUCAUCUGUGACGAGGGGGCUGGCAUUUCCGGGGACUAUAUCGAUCGUGUGGAUGAGCCCUUGUCCUGCUCCUACGUGUUGACCAUUCGGACUCCUCGGCUCUGCCCCCACCCCCUCCUCCGGCCCCCGCCCAGUGCUGCUCCCCAAGCCAUUCUCUGUCACCCUGCCCUGCAGCCUGAGGAGUACAUGGCCUACAUUCAGAGGCAAGCUGACUCAAAGCAGUAUGGAGAUAAAAUGAUAGAAGAGCUUCAAGAUCUGGACUCUGAAAUGUGGAGUGAGACCACACCUGGGGCGAUACCCAUAAAGAAACCAGUUGCAAGGCCAACCAAGGAUGACAGUAAGGAAUCAGAUUUUUGGAAGAUGAUUCAUGAGUCAGAGGACCAAGUCCAAGGAGGGGAGGAGGCACAGGUUGAGGAGCGGGAACCAAACAUUGAGCCAGCAGAUCCAGCUCCAGGCUCUCCCAGUGAUUUUCAGAACAAUGUGCAGGUCAAAGUCAUCCGGAGUCCCGCGGACUUGAUCCGGUUGAUAGAGGAGCUGAAAGGUGGAGCAAAAAAGGUGAAGCCAAAUGCAGGCCAAGAGCAGCCUGAAGAAGAUGCUGCAGAAGUCCCUCCAAGGGAACCAGAGGUGAAGGAAAAGGGUGACACAGAACAUCAGAACGAGGCGGAAGAGGAGGAGGACGAGGAGGAAGAUGAAAACGACGACGAAAGGCAGUUACUGGGAGAAUUUGAGAAGGAGCUGGAAGGGAUACUGCUCCCUUCAGACCGAGAGCGGCUGCGGUCAGAGGUGAAGGCCCGCAUAGAGCGGGAGCUGGCGAGCAUCAUCCAGGAGACGGAGAAGGAGCUGGACCCAGAUGGGCUGAAGAGGGAGUCAGACCGGGAUCGGUCUAUGUUGGUCCUGACAGCCACUCUCAACAAACUCAUCAAAAGGCUGGAGGAAAAGCAGAAUCCGGAGCUGAAGAAGCACAGGAAAAGGAAGGUUGUCCCCAGGAAGCCUCCCCCCUCCUUCCGACCAGCAGGGAAAAUCGAGAUCAAAAUUGUCCGGCCAGGGUCUGAAGGGACGGAAGAGGAUACACGCUGGCUGACGGAUGAGGACACGAAAAACCUUAAGGAGAUUUUCUUCAAUAUCUUGGUACAGGGAGCCGAAGAGGCGCAGAAGGAACGGCAGCGACAGAAAGAACUGGAGAGCAAUUACCGCAGGGUGUGGGGCUCUGGAGGCGGGGAGGGCACGGGGGACCUGGAUGAAUUUGACUUCUGA